CACUUUUCUAGAGCGAAUAUCUCGAGAGGAGGGCUCACCAAGUACGAUUGCGCGCCGAGACGGUCCGCCACCAACCACCGUUGAAAUCUUAGAAACAGGACCGGGCCUCUGGACGGAGACUAAUGCCUGGCAUAACAUCUGACUGGGGCGUUACAUCAUGGGUAACAAUGGCUUCACGCAACCUGACGUCGAGUAUGCGGACAAGACGCUCGCUGCGCUUUCGAAGAACAAAGGUUGGCUCGGCGAUUACCCUUGGGGACAUGACUGGAACAUCAUUGACUCCCAAUAUCUUCGAGGCUGUCCCUGCGAGAUCUACUAUAAUAUGAAAAUGAUGUUCCCGGACACUGUUGACCUUGCCAUCUCAUAUGGCUAUGGGAAUUGGCAUGGCUUCACUACGAAUGGUUCUUGCAUGAUCGACGAGCUACCAGGCAAUUCUUGCGAGCCAACCGUCCGUUUUGAGGAAUUGGUCGACACGACAGAUGGUGCACCAGCAGGCCUUGGAACGGGAUUCUCGCGUCAUCGGAAGAUUUUCGCUUGCGAAGUCAUUCCCACUCCGUCUGAUGUUUACUGCCCUUCGCAGACUUUGGACAACAUCUGGAGAGAUCUGUUUCCCCUCUUCGACGGACUGCACACCAUUCUAGGAUAUCGGACGCCCGCCAGUCUCACGCCGGCCAAGCAGGAUUAGGCGAGGCUUGUGACAAGGGCCGGGGGCGCCAGCGUUAUUGACAGCUACUUGCAAGCGGCCUAUCUGUACAUUAACGAGGACUUUUCCAUUGCAAAGAUGUACUAUGUCGGCUACUUCCGGGACGCAAACGACCCGUCGACCUGCAACACAGACACUAUCGGAAGAACGGG